UUGUGUUUUUCAGGAGGUUUUUGUUGUUUCCGGACCGUGGUUAUCCGGUGUUUAUGCAGGCACAGAGUGGUAUGAAGCGAGAAUUGGAUUCCAACAGUAUGGCAGAGGCGGACGCAUCCGGAAACAAAAGAGUGAAGGGAGCGGAAACGACCGUGCGACUUCUUAUCCCAUCUAAGGCCGCUGGCUCCGUUAUAGGGAAAGGCGGACAAAAUAUUUCACGUUUGAGGAAGGACUACAAUGCCACGAUCUCUAUUCCCGACUGCAUAGGACCAGAACGGAUUAUGACCAUACAGUCGGAUGAAGAGAAUGCCUUGAAGGUGUUGAAAGAAUCAAUCCCUGCAUUGGACGAAGUUGUAAGCCGUUUGAAAAGUCCGAACAUAAGAGGUACCGAGAUACGCAUGCUGAUUCAUCAUCUUCACGCUGGUGCGAUCAUUGGCAAGGGUGGUUGUCAAAUCAAGGAAUUGCGAGAGGCUACUCCGAGGGGAAACGCAGAAUUGUACGAUUCGAACAACUUCGAUGAAUUUUUGUCCUACGAAUAUGGCGGAUGGAGCGACCCGAACCGGUCGAUGCCUCGCGGUGGAAUGCUUGGGCCGCCAUCUGAUCAGUGGGGUAGCGGCGGCGGUGGUGGUGGUGGCGGAGGAGGAGGAGGAGGAGGAUGCCCCAUCAUCGUGGACCUCCCCCCGGCCCGAGAGGUGCCUGAGAUUAGGGGACCGUACGGUGUCGAGCACGAUGGAUAUCCUCAAAGAGGCGGGAUGAUGCGCAGACGUCCGAACGACUUUUCCGAACAAUACGGAGAGGGUCUCGGUGGGCCGAUGGCCGAAGAAACUACACGCGUAUCGAUACCUAAAGGUUUGGCCGGGGCAAUCAUUGGGAAAGGCGGUGCGAGGAUUCGCAAGAUCAGAAUGGAUUCCGGCGCGAGUAUUACUAUUGAGGCGGGAAGUCAAAUGAGUGAAGAGCGUAUCAUCACCAUCAGUGGCGCUUCGAACCAAAUACAAUUGGCGCAGUUCUUGCUGCAGCAGAGAAUUCUUCGAACGUGCGGGAACACUCGAAUUACGGAAACAAAUGAGAACAAGAAUCCGCAAGCUCUGCUCACUGUUUUCGCACAUAAUUCUGGAUGGAGCCAUUCCCUGAACGAUCGAGAAGAGAUCUUGUUGAUAGGCAUACUGGGCGUUAAAUACAAAGUCUGCAAUUAUUAUGCCGAGCCUUCUAAGUUGCUUUCGUGGAACUUGGUAGUGUUCUGUCUGGCGAUGCCCGAAGGGCAACUGACAUUCGGUCUUCACUACCCGUAUCAGUCACUUGGUGGGAGAAAGGACAGAGUUUACUACCACUGGCUUAUGCAAAACAUUGCCUAUAGUGCUGCUCUUGUUGGAGGUUUCGCAGUCGUCUACAACAAGUACCUUAAUGAUUUUCCUCAUCUCGCCACGUGGCACGCCAUCAGCGGUGCUUUCACGAUGGCCACCGCUUCGGCGCAAGUGAUGAUCGGCGGCUGUUUGUCUUAUCCAUGGCUGUUCCCCGAGCAUCUGGUAUCUUCCGCUAAAUGGGCCCAUCUCUGGGUUGGAUCGAUCACCAUCUACUCAGGGUUCCAGACUUUGCUGCUCGCAACAUGGAGCAAUUGGGCAACCAAGGCUAUGACAUUUCCUUCGCUUGUGAUCAUGAGAAUUGCCUUUGCUGUCGCGGUAUUUUCGCAUGGUCGCCAUUUUCUGAUGAAGUAUGGAAGGAAGAUGACCAAAAAGGUUCAAGUUGGAAUGGAAGGAUCCCAAGAAAACAGCAAGAAACAGGAUUCAGUAUCGCCACUCAGCUCAAGGGAUUCAAUUUCCAAGCUUUCUUCAUCUGCGAGUGUAACGGACUAAGGAAUUGAGGUUUCCAAGGCGAUGACAACGAAUUUACUCAAAUAUUACACGCGCUCCUUCUUCAAUGAUUGGUUCUGAAGUGCAUCUUGAGAUCAAUAAGUGUCAAGCUUCUGCCGGUGAAAGGAUUACAUCUGGUACAUUUUUAAAAGGAAGGGGAAGUCUUGAAUAAAUUUUUUUAUAUCAGCUGCUUCACUACAAAAUUAGUGAAACUCUUCACAAAUUAGAAGUUCAACAAUAUUCAAUCCGUGAUACCCACCACUAAAUAUGAUACUGUUUUUUGGUAAAUGAUUUUCUCAACAAAUCCAUUAAUUGGGACCAAGAAAAGUUGCAAUAUUUUUUUUUAAGAAACCGAAAAGAACAUUGUGGCUACUGCGUAUGGGCAGAAAAGAAGUCAAGAUUCUACUGUAUCAGAUUUGUUAUCAAAGCCCAAUUGCAGAAGGUUCAACUUUUGAUUUAUUUUUUAAGUUUCUGGAAAUGCUUAAGCCACAUCUGAACAACCAUUAAGCUGGUAAAUAUAUAGUACUGUACUAUCCUGUAUACUUACUAUCAGACCAGUGCUGAAGUGAACCCCUAGUAUUGAUACUGAUCGGUACAGUAUACUGUACGGAAGAACUCACGGAUGGGGUUGAGGUUAAACCUGUUUGAAAUUAGGAAACAUGAGAAUAUAUCAGUCAUCACAUGAAAUUAUUUGUGGGCUUAAAGUCAGAACUCAUCUUGUUUGAGCUGCAGAAAAUGGUGUGAGAUGCAUCUGAUCAAUCUGAGCGAAUACAGUACUGGAUUUUGGUCUGCAAACAAAUUUUUUUUUUCAAGUGCAGCACUGCAAUGGUGUAUUUGUGCAUACCCUGUUCUCUCCUGGGAUUGGGAGUCUACCCUCGGUCUUCGCUUGAAGGAUAAAAUCUCAUUUUCCGCUGGAAAUACAGUUUAUUUCUGAGAAACA